AAAUGACGUCAUGUAACCUCAUGCUGCUGCAUGACGUCAUGAGCUACCAGGUUGCUGCAACUGCGCGCACGCUCACUCACUGAGAUCCGAGGGAAAACCGCAGGAUCCAGAGGAGAAUCCACGCGACUACGGAGAUAGAGGGACGCGCAAACUCCAAAUAUACAGCCAUAAUACAGCUGACGCUUCCUCUGACACUUCCUCUGCAAAAUUGGUUUGAUGGAGCAAAGGCACUCAGCGCAGCUCGGUAGAAAAAGGCAACAAUGCAACCAGUGUGCAUACAGCACGGAUCAUGUUGGACAUCUGACACAGCACCAGAGAACUCACACAGGAGAGAAACCCUUCAAGUGCAGUGUGUGUGGGAGGGCAUUUACACGGUCAUCAGGUCUUCAUAGACACCAGAGAACACACACCGGAGAGAAACUCUUCACGUGCACUGUGUGCUGGAAGGCGUUUUCACAGUCAUCUGGUCUUGUAUCACACCAGAAAACACACACGGGAGAGAAACCCUUUAGUUGCAUUCUGUGCGGGAAGGCGUAUGCACAAUUACAACAUCUACAAAAACACCAGAGAACACACACGGGAGAGAAACCCUUCAGUUGCACUCUGUGUGGGAAGGCGUUUGCACAAUCACAACAUCUACAAAAACACCAGAGAACACACACGGGAGAGAAACCCUUCAGUUGCACUCUGUGUGGGAAGGUGUUUGCACAAUCACAACAUCUACAAAAUCACCAGAGAACACACACGGGAGAGAAACCCUUCAGUUGCACUCUGUGUGGGAAGGCGUUUUCACAAUUACCACAUCUACAAAUACACCAGAGAACACACACGGGAGAGAAACCCUUCAAGUGCACUGUGUGUGACAAGGCAUUUUCAUAUUCAUCAGUUCUAAAGAAGCACCAGAGAACACACACGAGAGAGAAACCCUUCAGUUGCACUCUGUGUGAGAAGGCGUUUGCACAGGCAUCUGCUCUUGUAUUACAUCAGAGAACUCACACGGGAGAGAAAUCCUUCAGGUGCACUGUGUGUGACAAGGAAUUUUUAUAUCCAUCAGUUCUAAGGAACCACCAGAGAACACACACGGGAGAGAAACCCUUCAGUUGCAGUCUGUGUGAGAAGGCGUUUGCACAGUCAUCAAAACUUAAACAUCACCAGAGGACACACAAGCAUCCGAAGAUCCCCAAGAAAUGGAGUCUGAAAUCGGCUUGUGAAAGUCAAAGUGCUGCAAUGAGCCCAUCCCUCAUGAAACCAGAAGUGAAUCCCAGCUUGGACACUUUUAAAGGUAUCAAGGUGAAAUGUGAAGAAGUGAUGGUGAAGAGCGAAGAAGUGAAGGUAAAAUGUGAAGAUGAAGAUUCAACUCCAAAAUCGUACCUUCACAUCGAUGGAGACAACGUGAAGCAGGAGGAGAAUUCUGACUGUGAGGCAGAGCGAGGCACCUCCCAGCAGUUGGUGGAAGUGGAGGUGUGGGUGGACUUCUUAGACAAUAUAAAGUCAAAUGGAGACCCGGUAGAUGUUUUAAGCUUGAGACAAUGA